AUGGAAUACGAUGAGAAGGACUUUGAGGACGAUUCCGGGGACUCUAUCAUGGAGCUGGUGUGCGGUGGGGUGGCUCAGAAGGAUGACGACGAUGAGUCCCUCUCCCAAGGUAUCGGCCCGGGGUACCUUGCACUAGUUUCUAAUAGAUCCCUCUCCCAAGAUGACUUAAGCACCAUGCCUAUCACAGAUUUUGAUCGUCCUUCAGAAAUGCCAAAAAUAAGGAAGAGAAAGAACCAAUUCCAGGGUAUCCGUCAGCUCCCCUUGGGUAAGUGGGUUGUUGAAAUCACACAUCCUACCAAGGAUGUCCAUGUCUGGCUCGGUACUUUCAAUAGUGCUGAAGAAGCUGCAAGAGGUUAUGAUGCUGAAGCACGCAUGAUCCAUGGAAAGAAAGCUAAGGUUAACUUUACAGAGAAACCAACAAGACAUGCUGACUUCGCAUCAAACCAACCACUUGUUCCCGCAAUGAACUAUGCUGCCCCUGUUGAACCUCCUGUUAUGGAUAUGUACUCUGACCAGGGUAGCAACUCUUUUGUCUACUUUGAGUUGGGCUGGGAGUAUGACACCAAGACUGCACAUAUAUCAUCCAUUGCUCCCAGUUCUACCAAUGUUGAAGGAGAAGAAUCUGCACUCGUCAAGAACAAUACUUACAACUCUAUGGUGCCUCAUGUUAUGGAGAAUAAUGCUGCCAAUUUUGAACCUUGGAUGAGAUAUCUUCUGGAUGACAGCAUGGAUGAGCUGAUUGAUAGCCUUCUGAAUUUUGAUGUGCCCUAG